AUGACGGAAACCGAUGAUGACGAACGAAAACGGGGAGAGAUGGUACUAAAGAAACUCAAAAGCGCGAACGAGAAACUCCAGAACGCGUGCCUGUUCGGCGAUCGGCUUUUACUCGAAGAGGCCAUCACAGACGGCGCGGAAGUGGGACUUCCUUUCGCAUCAUCAGCAGGGGAAGAAGACGAAUUCGGCACGGGAAAGAUGCAUUCGUUAUUGCCUUUACACUGCGCGGCGAGGAACAACCACUCGGAAAUUUGCCUCGAUUUAAUCCUCAGAUUUGCAUGCGAGGUGGAUGGAGAGGACGAGCGUGACGGGAGGACGGCUUUGUUCCACGCAAUCGCGAUGGAUCGGGUGGAUGUGGUCAGAGUUUUAGUUGGUAAAUGUGGAGCGAACGUGAACCACGCGGAUAGCGCGGAGGAGACGCCAAUGUCGAUGUGCGCGAAAAUUGGGAGUUUAGAGUGUUUGGAGGAGCUCUUGUUUUUGAGUGAGGAUGGGGAGGUAUCCGUUGCGGACGUGUCAACUCCAAGAGGUCGGUUUCGGUUACCUCCGAUGGUGGAGUGCGCGUGCGCGAGGACGGAUUGGGGAACCUUUCCGAAAGUCGCGGAGAGAUUGAGACGAGAAAUCGCGAAGCAACAGUUUGAAGGAAGAGUGAAGGACGUGGACGUGGAGUAUUUUACGAUCGACGUGAAUGAGAAAAUGGAGAAGAAGAAGAAGAAAAGUUUGUUGAUGUUGGCGGUUGGGUUAGGGAACGCGCACGCGGUGAGAUUCUUAUGCGACGAAUGGAAGGUAGAUAUUCACGGAGCUUCAGAGGAAGGCGAAGACGGAGAGAGUUUUGGUCCGCUGGAAUUAGCGAGGGCGGGGAAGUUUAAGGAGUGCGAGAAUGAGUUGUUGAAACGAGGCGCGAAAGAGAAGAAGUAUUCAAAGCAGAGAACUGCAAAAGAGGCGACGGCGGUAGAAGGGAGCGUUGAAGAAAAGAAAGCUCGCUUACAAUCGCUCGCAAAGGAAAGAGAACGCCUCAGUUUUAUCGUCCAAGCGAACGAAGACGAAGCAUUUCAAUCGAGCAUGCGCGAACCACGAAUAAGAGCGGCGGUGGAAGACGUAAUGGAAAAUUUCAUGAGCGUGCAAAAAUAUGCGGAAGAUAAAGACGUCAUGACGGCAUUGUCCAAAUGGAGAGGAUGUCAAAGGUUUUUCAAGCAGCGAGGGGAGAAGGUAUCGUUUGAGGAAAUCGUCGUGAACUCGAAGAAAGGCGGGGAAGAAAUGGCGAGACGUAAGUUACGAGUAGAGAGUCUGGGCGAAAUGAUCGCGAAAGAGGUCAUGGACGUGGCGUCUUUAUUGCCUAAAAACGGAAAUAAUGGCAUCAACGAUAAUAACAGCGAUAGUUAUUCUCUGGACGAGAACGAAGACGAAGAAUCGGUAAAAAGAGGAAAACAAUCACCGAAAAUGUUUUACUUGCGCUUGAUUGUCGCGACAAUACAAUUCUUACCGCUCGUGUACGUGUUAUACUUGCGCGUAUUCAGAUCGAAGGACUUGAAUUUCAAUUUCGAAAGAAGGAAAAAAACAUCCUCAUUGGGAGGUGGCGUGGCGUUCGAUGCCAACGCGGCGGAGUUAUAG